AUGUUCUGCUAUACAUUCAUCGCAUCGAUCUUUUUCAAUAUUUUUCUUGUCGAUUUAGGUUCGUAUGUGAUUGAUGAAUACGAAAUAUUUCUUAUACUUAUUUUUUCAAUCAUAGUUGUUUGUGAUGGUAUUUUCUACCUUCAACGAAUUCCAUCCUCGUGUGUUGAAACUACUGUUAAUAUAACAACGGAUAAUACGAUCAAUGACAAUUGUUUUGUUUUUUCAUGGCAACAAAUCACAAAUUUAUCAACCAGUUAUACAACUUAUCAAAGUCCAAAAACAAAUCAAACAUUUUAUGCACAGAUUGCUGCACUAACUGUUUUAGGAAGUAUAGAUAACUAUGAUUUAGAUUACCGUUGUCCACCAACAGGUUACAAUGGUGUUUCAUCUGGAUGUUCUACGUCAAAUGAUACACAUUUAGUUGUCUUGCAUAUAAAUGCUUUGGAUAAUAAAUUAUAUUUCAUUAAUGUAAUUCUUUCUGGUACACCAUUUCCGUCACCAUCAUCUCUUGUUGACAAUCAACCUCCAUUUGGUAUUGCAUGGCAUGUUUUCGAUGGAGGAAUUGUCACUCAAUCAACAGGCUAUUUGAGAAUUUGUAAAAAAAAUAAUAGCACUCGGUGUCCCAAUGUGAACGGCAGCACACACGCAUUACCGUAUCCAUUAACAAGUAAUACUGGUUAUGGAAUAUUUGGCAUAAAAAAAUAUGGAUUUGUUACAAAUUCAGUAUGGAUUGCCGACGACGUAAAUCAAAUACUUAUUACUAGUGCAGGCACUACAUAUUUUUAUUUUAAUGCUACUGGUUAUUUUGUUUAUGAUUAUANGUCUGAUAGUUAG